UAUAUGAUGAUAGAAAUCAAAUAUAAUCAAUACAUGAAUGAAGUAUAUUACAAAAGAAAGACAGAAUAUAGGGUAUGAAGAUGCUUUUUAAACCGCUAUUGUUGGUUCCUAUAGUAAAAGAAUCUUGUUCUUUCUUUCUAUCACAUAAAUAUAAAUAUAUAUAUAUAUAUACAAAUACAUACACCCGGCGCAACAAUAGGAAAUGUCAUGUGCUUUCUCUCUCCUUAGCCUAUAUUUAUAUGCUUAAUGCUUUCACAUCAUACCUUCUCAUUUCUCUCUCUCUCUCUCUUCUCUCUCUGUCUGUCUCCACCUGUCUCUCUAUAUCUCUCUUUCAAUCAAUUAAUUGUUUAGCUUUUGGGGUCAUCAUCAUGGGAAAUUGCAUAACAAACAAGCACCAAAUCUCAGGAGAAGAUGUCGAUUAUGAUCACGAAGUACGAGACUCAAAAAAGGAAUUAUCAGAAGCAGAAGCUGCACUUAGUCCAUCAAAGCUUGAAGAUUUGAAGAAGCUAGCUAAGAAGAAGAAUAGGGUUAGGUUCAAAGUGGAAGAAGAAGAAGAUCAUCAAGAUGGUGAACCAAAAUGUAGUAGUAGUAUAGGUGGUGCUGAUCAUAAAGAUUCUAAAAGUGGGGUUGUGAGAAUCAGAUUGGUUGUGACUCAAGAAGAGUUGAAACAAAUAUUGAAUUAUAAGAAGAAUAAGGAUUCUAAGGUCUCUUCAGUGGAGCAAUUGUUGAGUGAGAUGAAGUUGAGUAGAAGAAGUAGGGUUUUGGAAGUUGAUGAAAAAAGUAGUGACCAUGGCAGCUGGAGCCCAGCCUUGGAAAGCAUUCCAGAAGACCAUUGAUGCUGCUGAUAAUGAUGAUGAUUAACAAGUUAAUUACUUGUUACUGUUAUAUAUACUUCUCUUGAUCUCUAUAUAGCUAUCUAGAUAGCUAGUCUCUUCUCCCACUGACUUGUAUUGGUGUGGCUAUUUUAGUCUCCCAUAUCAUUUUACUUGUUUAACUUGGGUAGAAGUACUAAUUCUGUAGUUACUAUGUGCCCUUAAUUGAUUUUUGUUCUCGUUAAACUUAUUUCCAUAGUAAUUUGUAUUUGUAAUUCGUGGUAGAAGUUUCUUACGAACAAUUAAUCAAUCAAGUGAUGUUUUAUUGUCCAAAAAAGCAAUCAAUUCGGGUUGGAAUAUAUAAUUUAA